UUAGGGGGAGGGAGUGCAUGAGGACUGUAUACACAUAGUGGAGGCACCAAGUGACUGUGUGGACUACUGUGAAGCCAGCAGAGUUAUGUACUGUGCUCAUCCUGUCUCAGGCACACGCAGCAACUCACUGAUGUAUUGCUACAACAUGAAACCUAUGUACGGGCAUUCCCCCGGUAAUGACGACAUCAACCAGAACCCGUCUUUACAUCCGUCUAGCAAGGCCUGCAGCAAUGUGUUUGCCAGCACUUUUUUUGAGGGCACCAGCAAUUUGCCCGACAUCUGGAGUGCAGUAAACGGGCUGAACCAGCAUGGCUAUGAAGGUGUACUAGGAGUGACGGGCAACCACCAAACGCAGGCGGGGAGCUUCAACAGUCUGCAACAGCAGCAUGGCCACCUGGACUACUCUCCACACUCGGUGAUGGACAUGAACAGAGCUCUACCUCCUAUGUCCACUUUUCACCGCAACAAUGCGCCAUCACAUGCUCCUUCGGUUGACACGACGGAGAACUCCACAGUCUCAGGGAACCAGACCAACGUGUCAAGAGGGUCCCAGACCGGGGAUACUUUGGGCAAAGCUCUGGCUUCUAUUUAUUCCCCCGAUCACACCAGCAGCAGCUUCCCUUCCAGCUCGUCCACGCCUGUGAGAUCUCCGUCCCCGCUGCCAAACGCCAGCGAAGCCGCAGGUAAACUGGCACUGCUGCUCCCACUGGGACCGUGUUGUUUGUUCUACUUUCGGUGUAUUUUUUUAAUCUUUGGGCUUUUGCUACCAACAGGCACAAAUAUGUGGUCCCGGGGCUCCGUCCAGGCACCUGUAUCGCCGCAUUAUGAGUCCUCACUUAUAUCCAUGUCUCAGGUAGAGGACCGACUGGACAGACUGGACGAUGUGAUCCACGUCUUAAGGAACCACGCCGUCGGUCCCACUGUCGGCUUCGCCUCUGACAUGCACAGCCUGCUGAACCAGAACCAACACGGCCGGCCAAGCCCUGUGGCCACGCUGCCCCUCGCCUGCCACUCUCCAUCUAUGGUUGAGGCUGUCACCAUGAAUAACAACCACUCAGCCUUCCAGAGCCGCACACAAAAUGGCCACCUGUACGCCAGGCAGAGGGCCACGCUUGAGCUGACGCCAGGAGAAGGCAGAGGGACUUUGGGGAAUCCCGGGAAUGUGGAGCUGAAGAUGGAAGGCAGCGAGAAGGAAGACAUGAUGCACACCGGUCACAGCUCUGACAGUCAGAGGUCAGACGAGGAGGGCGACCACAAGAUGCAUGGAGAAAACAGCAGGGACAGCAUCCAUGAGGAUGAAGAUCUGAGCCCGGAGCAGAAGGCCGAGCGUGAGCGUGAGAGGAGGAUGGCCAACAACGCUCGGGAGCGUCUGCGUGUGCGGGACAUCAACGAGGCCUUCAAAGAACUGGGUCACAUGUGUCAGUUGCAUCUCAAGAGCGAGAAGCCACAGACCAAAUUGCUAGUGUUGCACCAGGCCGUGUCCGUCAUCCUCAGCUUGGAACAACAAGUCAGAGAGAGAAACCUCAACCCCAAAGCAGCGUGUCUCAGGAGGAGAGAAGAAGAGAAGGUCUCUGGUGUCAUGACAGAUCCACAGUCCAUGCAUGGCGUGUUUCAUCCAGGUCUGACUGACCCUCCAAACCCAAUGGGUCAUCUCUGAUUCUCCAAAUACAGUAAUGAAUAACUCCUAAUUACCAAUGUGGACUUACAUGCUUAAAACAUUUAUAUUUUUAUUACAAUUUGGUCGGUGAUACGGUGUUAAAGGCCCCAGCUGAGCACUACAUUGCGUGUGUUAGAGCAUUCCUUUUUUAAAUCACUAGCUGAUAAAAGCUUCACUUUCUCAGACAGAUCAACUCUUGAGUGUCAAAAUUGGGUCCAAAAGCAGAAAAAAAAAGUGUUGCUGCAGUUUUACAUUUCUGGCUUCUCUAACACACCUCUAACUUUGUGCCUAAACAUUUACUUCGAACAGACAAAUGCAUUGUAACCUGCAGAUGUUUUGUACAUUUUUUUUCUAUAUUUAUUAUCUUUACCCAGUUGUGGCGAGGUGUCAUCGGCAGUUUGGCAGAGUAUUUAACAGUUAUCACUAUUUCCCCACAAUCCCAAACAUUUCCACAUUUGUGUGUGUGUGUGUGUUCCGACAGCAGAUUCAAUUUGUUCUGUGGCAUCGAGAGUGUGCGAGCUGCUGUAAGUGUGUGUGUUGCAGGAGUUGGACCAUUCUGUGAAUGAACAGAUCUCCAAGAAUGUUAUCGUUUGCAUUAUAUACAAUAUAUAUUCAAGCUGUUCUAUUCAUUAGCACUGUUGAGAGGAGUAAACACUGGUGGUCAAAAACUAAAAACUUCACAUUGUUCCUCUUCGGACCUAGCCAAAUGGUUGUUCUGCAUGUUUAAUUAGGACUUUUCCUUUUUUUCUAAGUUAUGUAAGUUAUCUUUUAUACAAAUUAAGAAUGUGUGUUUAUGUUAAUUUUGUCACUCUUGAUUUUACACAGGAGGAAGAUUUGUGUGCAGUUUUACUAGACACGGUUCAUAUUUUUGAGCAAUAUGUUAACACAGCUGAGUUAUGGUUUAUUACAAAUCUUAUAAAGUCAUCAAAAAUACUGCUACUGCAUCAUAACAUGUACAGUGUGUGUACAUUUUGACGUAGCAAGGAGGCAUGUGUCUGGAUGUAGCAAUAAAUGUUUUUCUUGA